ACACAGUACCUUGCACGCAACAUUUUAGUUUUUCACUCUCAAUACUCAUCGCUCCGAAACAAAAAAAGACAGAAUUUUUGCUCUAGAGUUUCAUUUAAGUGCCCACAAUUCUCUUCCCUUUCUUCUCUUCCCCAAUGCCCCUUUUUCUGAAAUCCAAUCCCAUGCUCGCUUGGAAUCCGUGAUCCAGCCCCUUCAGCUACAAUUCGCUUCCAAUCUCGCUAAUGGGUGCCUUUUUUCUUGGUACAUUCUAUUGGGUUCUUUCUCAAUGCAAACAAUUUAACCCUCAAGACUGUGUUUGUAUUGGAUCGUAGAUUUCAGUACGUGGGUUCACAAUACCAGAAUAAAAAACCAGGGUUAGUGAUAUAUAUACUUAUACAAAGUAAAUGGGUGUGCUUUCCUUUUCUUUUUCUUUAAUGGGUGAUUUGAUUUCAGAAGAAUUGCGGGCAAAUUGAGCUUUUCUAUUGUUUUUUAUUCUGGCUCCUUGAGUUGUUGUUGUGUUGUGAAUUAGGCGGGUGAUAAGAAUGGUUGAUGUGAUGGGUCCUGACUUGAUUAGUGACCUUCCUCAAAGCAUUAUAGAGAGUAUUCUGGUGCAGCUUCCAAUUAGAGAUGCUGUGAGAACUAGCAUUUUAUCUAGUAAAUGGAGAUACAAAUGGGCUUCAAUUACUCAACUUGUGUUUGAUGACAAAUGUGUGCCGCCCUUUAGUAAUGAUAGGGAGGUUGUUGAGAGGAGUGUUGUCAAGUUCAUCACCAGGGCGUUGUUUCUUCACCAAGGGCCAAUUCAUAAGUUUCAAAUUUCGAAUUCGAUGUUGCAAAGCUGUCCUGAAAUUGAUCAGUGGAUUCUUUUCCUAUCGAGGAAUGAUAUCAAGGUGUUGGUUAUGGAGUUAGGAGAAGGGGAAUUUUUUAGAAUACCUUCAAGCCUUUUCAAUUGUAGGAAGUUGACUAGGUUGGAGCUGUCGCGGUGCGAGUUGGACCCGCCGCAUAGUUUUAAGGGGUUUGUGUGCUUGAGGAGCCUCAACCUUCACCAAGUUUUGAUAUCCCCUGAUGCAGUUGAGAGCCUAAUUUCCAGAUGCCCUCUCUUGGAGAGUUUAUCACUGUCAUAUUUUGAUAAUUUGGCUCUUACUAUCUCUGCCCCAAAUCUUAAAUACUUGUAUCUUGAAGGUGAAUUCAAGGAUAUAUGUCUUGAAGAUACUCCACUUUUGGUGGAAAUAUCUAUUGCUAUGUAUAUGACUGAUGAUAUUGCUGAGCACUUUGAGCAAAGCUCAAACUGCAAUUUUCUCAAGUUUCUUGGUGGUGUGCCUAAUCUUGAGAAGCUUGUCGGGCUUAUCUACUUCACAAAGUAUUUGAGCAUAGGUAUUGAUUCGGUGCAUCUUCCAAUAAUGUACCACAAUUUAGAGACUAUUGAAUUAUAUCAAGUAAAUUUUGAGGAUACAAAAGAGAUACUUGUCAUCCUUCGCAUGAUUACAAGUUCUCCCAAUCUAAAAGAGCUACAUAUUUCAGGUUCAUCGAACAUACCCAUUGCUGCAGAUGCCCCGGACUUGGAUUUUUGGGAAAAAGGAUGUCUUUCAGAUUCUGCACUUAACAAGCUUAAAACCGUGAAGUUGUCAGAAAUGGGUGGUUGGCCACAUGAGAUAGAAUUUAUCAAAUAUUUGCUUUGCCGUUCUCCUGUGCUUGAGACAUUGAGUAUCAUUCCCUGUGUAUUUGACAUGGGGAAUAAUUUGAAAAUGUUGAUCGAAUUGGUGAAAUGUCGAAGAGCUUCUUCUAGAGGAGAAGUUAUUUUCAUCCACGAGUGAAAUGGUGGAGUGUUAUAAAAUGCAUUGUUCUAUACCA